GGUACCUAACUUCUAGUACUGUAGAAGGUACCUAAAGUACCUAACGCUUAAGGGAACUCUGUACCACGUACAUACAUACAUAGGAUAGGUAGGUGGGGGAGGCUAGUGGUUUUAGAUAGGCAGUAGCCUAGAUCCUACAUACCCCGUACGUCUCCCGAAUUAUAAGCAUCAUACAUGUACCUACAUAGAGGCUGCAGGUGCCCUAUGCCAUGUAAAGGAUUGAAGCUGAGCGGCUGAUCUUUGUGGCUUGUCCAUCUCCCAUUUUACCACCUCGACCUCCUACAACCGCCUCCAUUCUUCACUUCUCUCAUCCGAACAUUCAACCUUUAAAACGCUUUCUCUUAUUUCUUCCCUCUCCUUGUUCAGUAAUAAACACUGGAUUACGCUUGUAUCUUUGUUGGAACUCGGAUUAUUGGCAUAGAAGCCAUUUUUUUUACUUUUUAGUAGCAACCCCUCCUAUUCGAACGAACCCUGGCUGGAUCCUAGGCGUCGAUCCUCGCUCCUUUCCCUUUUCUUACCUCGUAUCGCCCGACCUGUGUCUCGAGCACAGAGUCGAUGUCGCUUUCUUCCACAAUUGCCUCUCUCGCAUACGAAACCUCAUCCGCAACAAUCACCGCUACCCCUGAUGCAGUUAUAGGAGUUGACCUCCCUUCUGCUACCAACGACGUGGCCUCGCUUCUUACUACCACCGCGACGGCGAUAGCAGCUGCCGCAACAACGGCCAUGUCCGGCCCUGAAGAUGAUUAUGGCGGGGAGGGAGAGUGCCAGCUUGUUGGGCCAUUUGCUUUAAUCGUACAACUCGCGCUGGGUGGAUUGGCGCUUCUAUCUCUCGUUUACAAGCGGUGGCGGGAAAGGCCUCAACGACCCGUCAAGAUCUGGUUCUUCGAUGUGUCGAAGCAGGUGUUCGGGUCGGUCUUGGUGCACAUCGCGAACGUUUUUAUGUCGAUGCUUACAAGCGGCCGGUUUUCUAUGAAGUUGGAUCCGGUCACCGUGCAGACGGCAGAGAGGUUACUACGAAGAGAGGACGAAUAUGUCCCGAACCCUUGUUCAUUCUACUUAUUGAAUUUGGCUAUUGAUACUACUAUCGGUAUUCCUAUUCUUAUCAUCCUCCUCCGUAUCUUCACCGGCCUCGUAGCAUAUACUCCCUGGGGAAAGCCGCCAGAGUCAAUCCAGUCUGGCAACUACGGCAGCCCACCUAACGCCUGGUGGUGGUUAAAACAAUCUGUCAUCUACUUUUGCGGCCUGUUUGGCAUGAAGAUCUGCGUUCUUAUCAUAUUCUUGAUAAUACCAUGGAUAUCACGCGUAGGAGAUUGGGCGCUCAGAUGGACCGAAGGCAACGAGCGCGUACAGAUCGUAUUCGUCAUGAUGUUAUUCCCACUUAUCAUGAAUGCGAUACAGUACUACAUUAUCGACAGUUUUAUCAAGUUGAAAGAACCUGGCCACGAAAGUCUUCUUCCAUCGGAAGGCGGAGAUGGACGAGAUUCCUUUGAUGAUGCGCUUAUCGAAAGUGACGACGAAUCGAUCAGCGGAGAGAGCAAUGAAAGCAUGAAGCUCUCCAACUCUAGGAAUUUCCAGAGGGCAGACAUAAAGGGCCCAGAUGGCAGACGUGAAGAAUACGACCCGGACCUAGAUGGGCAAACGAUAAUAGGAAGCAGCAGGAGUCAAGAAAGGGGAAAACUAUUACCUAAAGAAUUAGUUCCUCCAGAGUAACGUGGGCUCCCUUUUUUUCUUUCUUGAACUUUAGCAUUGGCCAAAUAUACAGUUUGUAAAUUCUAUGUUAUGAUAUACAAACUAUAAUCUUUUUAGUACGGUCGUGAUUGGAUAUCUCAAAUAUGGACAAUAUAUGGUUGGGUUCAUACAAGAAGCGGUAAAGUCUGGAAUAGCGGUGGAUCGGUUAGGCGUCUGGUUGCCAAUAGCCUUAGCGGAAAUGUGCAGAAGUAAAUAUGCAGAAAUGUUAGCUGCAUAUUAUGACUAUUAGUUGGCCUUCGU